AUUGCCAGGCCCCUCAUUCCAGGGCGCAUGCGUCUCACUGAGGACGGCGAAGACGGUACUCAGCUGUGCAGGAAGUUAGCCGGCAGCUUCACUUACCCAUAAACCCAUAUUUACCGCUUAAUAAGAAACAAGUUGGCACGGCUCCAGCCCGUAAAAGCAGCUGGUGACAGUGGAGCUUCCAAACGACACUGAAGUCCUUGUGUUGUUUUUUCCAAGGACUGAUUGACAGUCAGCGUGAUAAGCGGCAGGUAACACAGAGUUCAUAGUGCUACUACCCACGGUCUCUCUUUGCGGAACCUACGCGUACGUGCGGCAGUGUUGCCCGCUAUCAAGAGGUUCAAAUCAGGACACAUCGGCGACUAUGUGUUCGGUAAUAAGCAGAGUGAAGCCCGUUCAGCGGGCCCUGGCUUCGACGCUACGGCUCAGGACAAACGCUGACGGCUUGAAUUACGCGGCAGCCCAGAGCAGGCGCUUCUGCCCCGGCUUUAUCACUGGAGCUCAGCCGCUAUGGGUAACCAGCAGAUCCUACUGCGCCAGGAUAGCAACGACGGAUGGACUCCUCUUCAGACAGUUGUUUGAAGUGGAGAGCAGCACGUACACCUACCUGCUGGCAGACGCAGACACCAAGGAGGCUGUCAUCAUUGAUCCUGUGCUGGAGACCAUUGACAGGGACCUGAAAUUCGUAAGCGAACUUGGACUCAAACUGACAGUGGCAGUUAACACCCACUGCCAUGCAGACCACAUAACAAGUACUGGCCUGAUGAAGAAAAGACUUGCCGGACUGAAGAGUGCCAUCUCCAAAUUCAGUGGUGCAUCUGCUGAUAUCCACCUAAAAGAGGGAGACAAGAUCCCCUUUGGAAGACACUCUCUGACUGUGAGAGAGACACCAGGACACACUGAUGGGUGUAUAACGCUGGUAACUGGGGAUCAGAGCAUGGCUUUCACUGGUGACGCUCUUCUCAUUAGAGGCUGUGGCAGGACAGACUUCCAGCAGGGUUGUGCCAAAAGGCUCUACCAGUCAAUCCAGGAGAAAAUCUACACCCUGCCUGACCACUGCCUCAUCUACCCAGCACAUGACUACUUAGGUCAGACGGUUUCUACAGUGGGCGAGGAGCGCAAGUUUAACCCACGCUUGACUAAGAGCAUGGAGGAGUUUGUGAAGAUCAUGAACAACCUGAACCUCCCUAAGCCUAAAAAAAUAGAUAUUUCAGUGCCUGCCAAUCUGGUUUGUGGACUGCACCAUGUUUGAAUGUUCUGCACGAAAGACGAUACUAAUGACAUCAUUGCCCAGUGAUAGACAUUCUGUGUCUGUUUAGCAGAAUUAAUCAAACUACUUGCCAUAAAGUGCUUUAUUGUGGUUCUGUGUCUAAAUCUAAAUGGUAUAUUUUAAUUGCUGUUAUCAUUUAUAGUGCAGCUACUGAUCAAUUGUACUUGGAAUAAAUCUGCUUCUAUUUUGGAUAUUCAAAGUAAUUAAUAUCUGUGUUUGAGGAAAGAACAGUAAUGGUACCCUUUGUUAACUGUGUAAAGUUAAAAGUAAGUUGACCUUAUUCAGAUUUGUUAUUAUGUGUAAAUUUGGGGAGGAAGAGGAAAGCUUGGAUAGGAUUGUUACACUGAAGGUUCAGUUUAGUAUUUGUGAAUGCUUAAAAGGUACAAUUGUGUCGUGUAGUCAAGGCCUCACACACUCACAGUACCACAAGCAGUGGCCUCUUUUAAUAGCAGGAAAAUAAAACUUAUGCUGUUUGCAUUUAAAAUCAAUAACAGCUAAGAUGUUACUGCACAA